UCGUCGGCCAGAAGGAGUCGAAGUCGCAGAACUCCCGAGAAGGAGGGAGCUACUCCGCCUAGCCUGCUGAAAAACACUCGAAUUCAUCUUCAAAUCCAGAAACUCAAGCAAUCGGCAAUCCUCAGACAUUUUUUUCAUCUACUGGAAUACCCGUUUUUGUAACUCUUAAUAUACGUGAAGAAAUUAUACUUUUUUCCCACUAUUUGCACAAACAGUACUUCACAACUACUGAGAAUCCUUGUAAAUUUUUUUUAAAACGUUUCACACUGUGGAAAGAAAGCUCAUCUCAAGUACCAUACUUUUACCCCCCACCCAGAGCACGACUGAUCUACGUUUCGGUCCUUUCGGCCAUUCUACUUGAAGAGCACCCUUGUUGUCAACCACGGCUAAACUAAGCAGACCAACCAUUUUUACGCACACCCGUUCUCCGGUCAUCUGGUAAACGUCAGCAGUCAGCUAUGCAGCUUGAAAUCCAAGUAGCUCUCAAUUUCAUCAUCUCGUACCUGUACAACAAGCUGCCCAGACGGCGGGUCAACAUCUUCGGCGAGGAGCUGGAGCGGCAACUGAAGCAGAAAUACGAGGGACAUUGGUACCCGGACAAGCCAUACAAGGGCUCGGGCUUCAGGUGCAUCCACGUGGGGGAGAAGGUGGACCCUGUGGUGGAGAAGGCAGCCAAAGAGAGCGGACUGGACAUCAACGAUGUCCGCAACAACCUCCCCCAGGACCUCAGCGUGUGGAUUGACCCCUACGAGGUGUCCUACCAGAUUGGGGAGAAGGGCCCCGUCAAAGUGCUCUAUGUUGAUGACAGCAACGACAGCGCGGCGAGCAGCGGAGGGCUCGAUCUGGACAAGGAGAUCAAGAACAGUUUCAAUCCGGACGCGCAGGUCUUCAUGCCCAUCAGCGAGCCCCUGGGCGGCGGCGCCUCCCCGGGCUCCAGCUCGCCCUCCCCUCCUUUCGGCCACUCGGCCGCAGUCAGCCCCACGUUCAUGCCCCGCUCCACCCAGCCUCUGACCUUCACCACCGCCACCUUCGCCGCCACCAAGUUCGGCUCCACGAAGAUGAAGAGCAGCGGGCGCAACAACAACAACAACAGCAACGGCACCAACGCCACCAGCAAGGCAGCGCGCACCUCUCCCACCAACCUGGGACUGAAUGUGAACACUCUCCUGAAGCAGAAAGCCAUCUCCACCUCCAUGCACUCUCUCUACGGGCUCGGCCUGGGAACGCAGCAGCAGCAGGCCAAGCCCUCGGCGCUGUCCCCCAACGCCAAGGAGUUUGUGUUCCCCAGCCUGCAGGGCCUGAGCAGCCAGAGCGCCCUCUUCCCGGGGGACGGCAGCUCGCUGGGUCUGGGCCCGCUUCCGUACAGCAACGCCUUCGACGUGUUUGCGGCCUACGGCGGCCUUAACGACAAGUCCCUGAUGGAUGGCUUGAAUUUCAGCUUGAGCAACAUGCAGUAUUCUAACCAGCAAUUCCAGCCAGUCAUGGCCAACUAGUACACCGAGCGAGUACUUCACACAGCAAACGACCAGAUAAUGUGACCGUUCGUGGUGGUGGUAGAAGGAGGUUUCAAACUCAAAUGCACAUUUUAGGGGAGGAAAAAAAAAAGAAAAAGAAAAAAAAAACAGAAUGUCAAGGUUCAAAAGGAAAAAGUGACGUCAGCUAUAAGAUCUCAGUCACAAGUCUUAAGAAUACGAGCCCGAGGGUGAACUACUUUGCCCCCUUGAGUUACAACUUUUCUUUUUACCCUCCGUGGUGACGCUUGUUGUACGAGAUGUCCAAGCUUGGUGAUCCAAACUUCAACUUGUAAAAAUUAUUGUUAUUUCAUUUGCCAACCAAGCACAAAAUAUUUUUUUAUGUUACUGUUUAAGCUAUAUUCAAAUGAAAAAGAGAAAAAAAAAAAACAUCACCACCACCACCACAAGUCAUGGCCUCUUUCAGUAUUUUGACACAACUGGACAUUGCCAAUCUUUCAAAAAUAUUGGCAAAGCUAAGUGGGAUUUUCUGGUCUUUUUUCUAAUUGUAUAAUUUAAUUUAGUACAGAGUUUGUAAAAUAUCAGAGUAUCUAUUGUUUCUACGACACGGUAUUGCAUUUAUAUCUUUUUACUACUCCAGUGAUCUGUGAUGGCUGCAGCAACUUUUUCUUUUCGUUUUUUUUUUUUUUUUAUUGAAAUGAUAACGAAAUGAAUCCAUCUUAUAAAAAAAAAAAAAAAAGACAUUGAGUCUUCUAAAGACUGUGUGCAGAAUAUUCCGUAGUGGUGGGAUUUAAAGAAUAUUUGCUUUUUUUUUUUCGGGGCGGGGUGGGUGGGCGGAACAUAGAGUUGUAUUUUCUGUUUUAAAGUCAAAAAGAUUUUUGCUAUACUAUGGACAAAAUGUAAUCGUAUAUUAAUUUUGUACCAACAUUGUGCAAUACUUGAUAAAACGAAACGGUAUAACAAAGUAUUCGGAGUCAGUGUCUUACAUGUUAACAGGGACUGAUAGUUUGUUAAGUUUGUAUUAAAAGGCUUGAAAAUAA